AUGAAGUCAGCGAUAUCAACAGCCUUCAACUCGAGCAAGCUUCUUCAUCGCUACCCCUUCUCUUUCUCUCGCCUCUCCUUCUGCCACCGGGCAUCCGCCGUCGUUCACUUACCGGAGUUUCUCCAGCAAUCCGAUAAAAUUCACCGCGGUAGUCGUCUGAAUUUGAGGAGAAUUCACACGUCUUUCACUCCAGUCAUGGCUGCUUCCUCUUUCAAGCCGGAGCAAGCUAGGGCACCGCCGGCGCUUCCUUUGCCCACUCCUCCUGUCACCAAGGCACCCAAUUCGUCAAUCUUUUUCUGCACUCCUACCGGUGUUCUUUUUAUCUUCCUUUCGCUUGAUUUUCGUUCCUACUUCGUGCAGUUUAACAUAGGGCUGUGCCAGUUGGCAGUGACAGCAGAUAAGCAGCAGAACAUCCAACAUGCUCGUAAAGCAAUUGAAGAAGCUGCCGCAAAGGGGGCUAAGCUCGUCGUCUUGCCUGAAAUAUGGAAUAGUCCGUACUCAAAUGCUAGUUUCCCAGUAUAUGCUGAGGACAUCGAUGCCGGUGGCCAGGCAUCUCCUUCAACGGCAAUGCUCUCUGAUGUUGCUCGGAGGCUGAAUAUUACAAUAGUUGGGGGCUCCAUACCUGAACGUUCCGGCGAUCGGCUUUACAAUGCUUGCUGUGUCUUUGAUGCUCAAGGAAAGCUAUUGGCCAAACACAGGAAGAUUCAUCUUUUUGAUAUUGACAUUCCUGGGAAGAUAACGUUCAUUGAAUCCGAGACUUUAACAGCUGGGGACACUCCAACAAUUGUGGAUACAGAAGUUGGGCGUAUUGGUAUUGGCAUUUGUUAUGACAUCCGGUUCCAGGAACUGGCAAUGAUAUAUGCUGCAAGAGGUGCACACUUGAUUUGCUACCCGGGGGCAUUUAACAUGACCACAGGACCUCUACACUGGGAGUUACUGCAGAGAGGAAGGGCUGCAGAUAACCAGUUAUAUGUAGCAACUUGUUCACCUGCAAGAGAUGAGGGAGCUGGUUAUGUUGCUUGGGGGCACUCGACUCUAGUUGGACCUUUCGGAGAAGUUUUGGCUACUACAGAGCAUGAGGAAGCCAUAAUCAUAGCAGAGAUUGAUUACUCACUAAUUGAGCAAAGGCGGACAUUCCUCCCCUUGACAAAGCAGCGGCGAGGUGAUCUUUAUCAGUUGGUGGAUGUCGAAAGACUAAACUCCAAGUCUUGACCACUGUUGGAGGAUGGUUUUAGUUGUAUGACAGGUCACGCUGAUAAGGAAAUGUGGACAUGAUAAAAUCUCAAUAAACUAUCAUCCUUGUUAAGGAUUGGAAUUGUGGAAUAAGAUUUAGAGAACUGAAAGUAUGCAUCGAAUGCCAAUUUCUACCUUUCUCCUUGUGUCCCAUAUGUACGAGGAAGAGUAAAUUGAUCGAACUAGUUGGGACUUCCCUUUGUUUUUAUUUUCCUUAUUUUUUGCUAAUGGCAAUCGGGUCUUCAAACUUGAAGCACAAGUUGGUCAAAUGAUUGUCUGGAAUGUAGUAGGAGAUAUCACUUGAGUGAUUAGUUCUUUCUUUGAGAAUGGAGAUCUUUCAAGGGAAAUUAAUUCAACUGUAUUAGCUUUUUUACCUAAUGCACCUUCUGGUGACCACAUGA